AAUUGAGGAGAAUCUUUAUCUCAUGCCACUUCAUGAAAAAGAAGAUCAGCAAAAUUGGUCUCCUCAAAAUUAUUCUAAUAAGUGAAUUCAAGUGCGUAGAAAAAUAUCUAUACAAAAAACUGAUAACCACUUGAACAAAUAUCUGUGUAUCUGUUAUCGACAAUUAAAUUCGAUUUCCGAAAAAAGGUAUUGAAUAAAUUAAGGCUCGAAUGUCGAUCUUUGAUCAUAUUGAUAUCAUUAGUUCGAACGUGAUGGAUGGAUUAAGCAAUAAUUUUGUACGAAAGAAUAGAAAUCAUUUUCUCAUCGGUUAACAUUCAUAAAGGAAAUAAAUUGCUUAUUUGUCUAACAAAUGAAAUGAAAUGAACAAACUCGUCAAACAUUCCACAGUGUAUGAGAAUUAACUGCUUGUGUAAUUCGAUACGGUUCCGGAUAUAUAAAAAGCUUUCGAUUCGUAAUGUCGGCAGUGAACUCUUAACAGCGAUCCACUGAACUAUCAUGUCGAUAUUGAUCAUCGCUCUUUGCGUGGCAGUCGUCACUUCGACUCCAGUGCUUAACGAAGAGAAUGGUAAUAAAGCAAAAUGUACGAAAGAAAUCAAAGGAAUGUACAAUGUGGUGGAAAACUUCCUUAAACUGGAUAAAACAGAGGCUGGCCAAGCUGACCUUUUGAAAUUGCAACAGGAAGGAUUGCCCGAGUUUAGAAUUCUCAAAGACGAGGCACAGAAUGGCGUAAUGGUGCCUAAUAACUCUCCUAGUGAUCCAUCAUUUUGCAGCUCAGAAAUCUCCAACAAGUUGUUCCAUUUGGUACGGAAAUACGGAAAGGGAUCAUCAUAGAAGAAGUCAUUGUUAACGGACCUCGCAAUGCGGAUGCAUCAGAAAGGUCAACUAAAAUCACUGGUGUCAAUGCCACAAUUUAAAUAUAGACGAUGUGUAGGUUUAGCGGUGAGCGUGCUCGUCUCCGAACCUAAACUUUAGUAGAUCUUUGGAACAGAUGCGAUAUUAUUACGAGGUACAAAAAUAAUAAAUCCCCAUAAACUUCACACUAUUCAUACGACAGUAGAUUUUUUUUUAUCCAGUACUUUUUCCGAAAUAUCUAAAUAACGUCCCUGAGGAUCAUCUCAUGAUUUUAGUUUCAAUUAAAUGAAAUCGGCAGUUUUUCAACAGCCCCGUGAUAUUUGGUGAAAUAUAUUUUCAGUCUACUGGGCCUGGGUGUAAAAUUUUUUUUUUUCAAGAUUCUCAUUUUGGUAUAUGAUUAUUUUCUCGUCAGAAUAAACACAUUCACCAGCGAUCUCAAGAAACACUUAAAAAGUCGAUGCUCUUUGGAACAACUCGAUGUACGAUUAUUUUCUCUGUCUUGUUGUCUUAUGCAAGAGCUUCACAAUUUAAUGGCUUCCUUGUUUCGAAGAACUUUCUCCCCGGACGUUAUCAGGGGCAUCCUCUAAGAUAAGGGAGUGAUCGAGCAUGAGGAAAGAGUAGAUGAAAGUGAGAGGAAGAUAAUUUUCUGUGCGAAUGUCUUUAAGUUUCAAAUCGUGCGUUUCAUUUUCCUCUCUCACGUUCAAACAUGGAUCGGUUGAACGGUAAAAUUGUAUGGUGUUUGUGAAUCGACGAGGAAGUUUACGAGCGAGAGAUAAGAGAUUUAAAAAAUAUCGAAUUAUCAAGUUUGGCAGAGGAAACGGUGUUUUGAUGGCUCUCGAGUGGAUUUUCACUUGUUCGUAGGUGUGCUUGUAAAAGAGUAUAUGAGUCGUUUCUAUCGGCUGUACGUAAAAAAUGUUUGCAGAGGCGUUCUAUAAAAUAUAUUAUUGCCUGCGAUCGUUGGAUGACGUUGUUGAAUAACUUGCGCCUUUAAUAUAUGUGUACGUGCGUGCAUAAAAUAGUUGUAAAUAAGAGAGAUAUUACAGUUCUUAGAACGAUACGAGUGAGAAUAAAAUUGAUCGAUGAUUUUCCUCUUCAUGUGAC